AUGUCAACUACUGAUAAAAUCGUUUAUUUAAAUGGAAAUACAUUAAAGAUUGAAGAUCUUAUAAACAUUGGUUAUAGAGGAUAUAAUGUUUCAAUUACACAAGAAGUUGAAGAAUUAAUUCAAAAAGGUAGAAAUGUAAUUGAUGAUAUUUUAAAGUCUGAAAAAACCGUGUAUGGUAUUAAUACUGGUUUCGGUUUAUUCUCUGAUGUUAUCAUCCCACCUGAUCAAGUUAAAAUGUUACAAGUUAAUUUAAUUAGAUCACAUUCAUCAGGUGUUGGUACACCAUUAACACCAGAAAGAACUAGAAUGUUAUUAGCAUUAAGAAUUAAUGUAUUAACAAAAGGAUACAGUGGUAUUACAUUAGAGACAGUAAAGAGAGCAAUUAAAAUAUUGAAUGGUAAUUGUUUACCAUUGGUUCCAGAGAAAGGAACAGUUGGAGCAUCUGGAGAUUUAGCACCAUUAUCACAUUUAGCAUUGGGUAUGAUGGGUGAGGGUAAGAUGUAUGAUUUUGGCGACAGUGGAAAUACAUUCACCAGUAACUUGGAUGUCGAUGUUUUAGAGUAUAGAAACUUUAAAUUCUCACCAGCCAAUGAAAUUUUAAAGAGACAAAAUUUAACACCAAUUGAAUUGAACGCAAAGGAAGGUCUUGCAUUGAUUAAUGGUACACAAUUGAUUACUUCAUUGGGUGCAGAGGCAGUUUAUCGUUGUAAGGUAUUGGCAGAGACUGCCAAUAUUAUAACAGCAAUGACAUUUGAAGCUUUAAAAGGUUUGACUGCCGCCUACCAUCCAUUGAUCCAUGCCGCCAGACCACAUUCAGGUCAAGGUAGGGUUGCAGCAUUCUUAAGAUCAGUACUUCAUAGUGACCAAUAUCCAUCAGAGAUUACAUUGGCAAAUAAAGAUACAAAGAAAGUUCAAGAUAGUUAUACAUUACGUUGUGUACCACAAGUUCAUGGUAUCGUUUUCGAUACCAUUGAUUUCGUUCAGGGAAUUAUAAACACCGAGAUGAACUCUGCAACUGAUAAUCCAAUGGUUUUCGACACUGAUGAAUUAUGUGGCACAAUUAGUGGUGGUAACUUCCAUGGUGAGUAUCCUGCAAAGGCAUUGGAUUACCUUACAAUUGGUAUUCAUGAACUUUCAAAUAUUAGUGAACGUCGUUUAGAACGUUUGGUAAAUUCACAAUUGAGUGAUGGUCUUCCAUCAUUUUUGGUAAAUGGUGGUGGUUUAAAUUCAGGUUUCAUGAUUGCUCAUUGUACAAGUGCUGCUUUGGUAAGUGAAAAUAAAGUUUUGGUUCAUCCUUCUUCUGCAGAUACCAUUAGCACAAGUAGUGCAAAAGAAGAUCACGUUUCAAUGGGUGGUUGGUCUGCUCGUAAAUGUUUAAAUGUUGUUGAAAAUGUUGAAAAUGUUUUAGCAAUCGAAUUAUUAGCAGCUUGUCAAGGUUUGGAUUUUAGAAGACCUUUAAAAACCACUGAACCAUUAGAAGCAGUCUAUCAAUUAGUACGUUCAAAAGUUACUUUUAUGGAUAAAGAUAGAUUCAUACAACCAGAUAUAGAAGAAGUUUAUAAAUUAAUUAGAUCUGGUCAAGUUUUAAAUGUAGUAAACUCUAUUUUAAAUAAAAAAUAA